AUGGGUCUUCGAUUCUUUGUUGCCCCCGUCGAAUCUGACUUGCCGCCGAGAACCUCAUUGCGCAAAUCCACAGCCAGAACCAGAGGGGUCUCACGGGGCGGGAUCCGCAUUGAGUUUGGCAGGAGAAUCAAUAGGCGCACUGGGCCUGUCGAAGUGAACGCAGCAGGAUUGACCCGUUAUCUCUCCGACAACCUGAACGACGAUCGGGUCCAUGGAGCAGACAGACGGUCCAACCGAUAUGAACCCAUCCGUCAAAUUCGUCAUCGUCCUCGGGUGAGCCGCGAUCAAGCUUUGCUACGUGAGCUCGCCGAGUAUAUACAGAACAAGUUCGAAGUCUCAUGGGAACAGUUGACGCCCGAAGACAUACGUCAACGGGGUGUGUUGAGGCUUGAAUUGACUAGACUGUUUGGGCGCAAUUGGGCUUCGCGAGACUUUUGCCAAUCUCAGCAAGACCUCGAAAACCGGACGUGGAUGCUUUUACAUGGCCAAGCCGACGGGGGCCCACGAUUAGAGACCCGUGAUCACGGCGGGUCCCUUCAAGGUCCCUACUACUUGGACCUGCCUCCUCCUCCUAUCUGGGCGAUUCGAGGUACCAUACCCCGUGGCAUUGAGCGCCCAUCGAGGGGCGAAGAUUACAAUGGUCUCGGUGACCGGACGCGGAGCCCAAGCCCUGGACAUUGGGACACACUUCUCACGACACUGACCCCCGAUCCACAGCCCCCGAGUGCGAGCACCUCAUUCGUAUCCAACUCGGCAGCGCAGAGUGCCAUGGCCGCGUCGUCGUCAAACACUUCACAGUCUGAACACCAUGGGGCUACUAUACAAGACGGGCCCUGUGAAUCGGAUGCGGAAGAUGAGCCGUCCCGGCCACGGUCGAACCAAGAAGAGACAUCAAGAACGGCAGAUUCCGCGGAACAGAUGGAUGCCGUGGUUGGCGAAUGGACAGGCCUACGAUCUCGGCCCUCGAGCGAACGAUAUCCUCAACUGUUCUCGCAACUGUCUGACUACUUGGACAACCAUCCAACACGAGGCACCCGAGCUGAGGUGGUGUCGGCCUUUACCGAAUUUAUGGAUAUGCACAUAAUGCUAAGCCGGUUACCAGGGGCUUCGCAAGAACCACCGGAUAACGUUGUGUCAAUGUUCGUGCAGUUUUGGGACUCGAGGAAUGGAGCUUGA